UGAGACGGGGAAAAAAUAACACAACCAGGAAGUUCAACAAGGGGAAGGGUGCUGUUCUUUCGUCGAGUAAUUCUGCCGCUGAAGAAUUAAAGCUAGUACGAACUGUGUCAAAGUCUCGCUUGUGUUUGGAGAAAACUGCACUUUUUGCUACACGAUGGACUAUGAUCCGGAGCGAGGGGGUGAGGUUCGAGCACCAGAGUCAUUGGAUAAAAUGGCCGCCUUAAGAAAUGAAGUAGAUGGCGUGAAAAACAUCAUGACUCAGAAUGUGGACCGAAUCCUGGCCCGAGGGGAAAGAUUGGAUGAUCUUGUGGGCAAGUCGGAGGACCUGCAAGAUGGGGCUAAGCACUUCAAGCACACGUCUCAUAAAGUGGCUCGCUCCUACUGGUGGAAGAAUGUCAAGCUGAUCGUUGCCAUCGUGGUCGUCGUCCUCAUCAUCGUGCUCAUCAUUAUCCUCCUGGCCACUGGUGUCAUCCCAGUCAGUGCCCCUGUGCCGCCUAUCAUCGAACCCACGCCCAGACCAUAAAAACAUACUUGAAGUAAUUGUACAUACUGAUAUAAUUUAAUCAUUGAGCGCAUUCCUGUUGCACGAUUACAAAAUGAUAGGACAUACUAAGCAAAUUCCUUGCUGUCUGUUGAAAUGUUUGAUAUAUUUUUAGGCUGAGUCUAACAGUGACUUUCAGUUUUUAUUUGAUUUUUCUUUUAUGAUUUGGUGUUAGUCACUUUAUUGACCCUUUCACAUAUGUCAAAGUAUAUUUAAUGCGGUUGAAUAGGUUUAGUCGAGAAAUUGUUCAAGCCUGAAUGAGCUCGAUCCAGUAUUUGUAUCAAAAUAUCAAUAGGGAGUCCUUUGCUUUCCUGAUAGUUGUUUGACUUGUUGAAUGUAUAGAUGUCAUUUUACUGAAGGUCACAGUGAAGGAAGGCUGAAAUAUUUUCAAAAGUUGGAAUUUUGUAGCUUUGAAGCCAGACAAAGGUAGUUUUUCCAUAUUAAAUAUCCAUUUAAAUAGUCUCCAAAUGACACUGGGAGUUUUUUUUGUCGAAACUAGCUCCUUUGGUUGGUGAAAAGCAUGAUGUGACACUUGCGUUAUUGAAAAGUCACAUCAGUGUUGAAGUGGUAGCUUUUCUUGUUACCGUCCUACAAACAUCUAUUCGUUUUAGCAUACACGCUUUGACGCUUGGCAGUUCAUGCCUAUUUCUGUUCUCAGUUUUGUUGCAUUCACACUCUCUCUCUCUCCACUCAUAGCUGCUAUCCUGAUUUGUUUCUUUGCCUACUAACCAAAGAAAAGGAGCGGUUGUCACUUAGCCGUGCCAACGUCAACAUCGUGAAGCAUAAAAGCCCCAACUUGGUUCACAAUGUCAAUCGGUGGACCAGCCGGGUCAACAACUUAGGUCUCAUGGCUCCUCUUGCUCUGCUUAUGCUAAACUGAUAUCUGUUUGUCUUAAAAGCUUGUAAGAUGAUUUUUGAGAGAUGACACCCAAAUAUUGAUGUGCAAGUGUGACGAUGGAAAUCUGCCACCCCACUGCACUGUAAAUCUUGAAGGUCAAUUUAAUUCCCUUUAACUGUGUAUAGUCGAAAUAUUCCCAUUUUUAUGUGUUCAGUAUAUACGGAUUCAGCUUUAUGUUAAUGAGUGUCUAUGAUUUAGGGGUAUUUAUUAAAUACAUUAUGUUGUCAGUCUACUUUUUUUUUUGAAUAAAUUUUGAGCUGCGCUUGUAUCAAAGACAAUUAGGGACGUACAUUUAUUUCUAGAAAAAAAAUAGGCUGCAUAUACUUUUUUUUAUCUUUUAUUUUUUUAUUAUUAUUAACCCUCGACCUGUUCCUCUUGUAAUUUCUUUGUGAUUCUGUUAUAAUGUUACCGCGUUCACCUGGCUCAGAGUAUGUGAGUCUCAGAGGAUCCAGCCUCACCUGUUACUGUUGUGAUGACCUCUUGAGCGUUGAUCAGCUAACCAGCUUUUUCAACUCAAAAUUACAUUUAGUUUAGUUUUCUUAUAUGAAAUAAAGACAUUUUCUUCUGAAAAUUA